GCCGGGGGCGGGCCGUCGGGCUUGAGGCUGUGCCGCGGCGUGGGAAAGCGCCUCACAGAGGCUUUGCUCUGCUGGCGGUGCGGAGCCGUGCCGAGCCGUGCCGAGCCGAGCCGGAGCCGUUCACCCCCCCCCCCCCUCCCCCCGGCCCACACCUCCCGGAUUUAUUUAUCUCUGCCCCCGCCCCGGCUCCGAGCUGCGUCCCCUGCCCGCCAUGAAGCGACCUUGCGAGGAAACUACCUCAGACAGCGACAUGGACGAGACCAUAGACGUGGGGAGCGAGAACAACUACUCCGGGCAAAGCAAUAGUUCUGUGAUCCGAUCGAAUUCCCCAACAACAACGUCUCAGAUUAUGGCCCGAAAGAAAAGAAGAGGGAUUAUAGAGAAAAGGCGCCGUGAUCGUAUAAAUAACAGUUUAUCUGAGCUGAGGCGGCUUGUGCCAACUGCUUUUGAAAAACAAGGAUCUGCCAAAUUAGAAAAAGCGGAAAUACUGCAAAUGACAGUGGAUCAUCUGAAGAUGCUUCAGGCGACCGGAGGUAAAGGUUAUUUCGAUGCUCACUCCCUGGCCAUGGAUUUCAUGAGCAUCGGCUUCCGGGAGUGCUUGACCGAAGUCGCCAGGUACCUGACGUCCGUGGAAGGCCUCGACACCUCCGACCCGCUGCGCGUCAGACUGGUGUCCCACCUCAGCACCUGCGCCUCACAGAGGGAAGCCGCCGCCAUGACCUCCUCCAUGGCCCACCACCACCACCCCCUGCACCCCCACCACUGGGCAGCCGCCUUCCACCACCUCCCGGCCGCCCUGCUGCAGCCCAACGGACUCCACGCCCCCGAGGCCGCCCCGUGCAGACUCUCCUCGGACGUGCCUCCCCACGGCUCCGCGCUGCUCACCGCCACCUUCGCCCAUGCCGACGCCGCCCUCAGGGUCCCCUCCGCGGGCAGCGUGGCUCCCUGCGUCCCCCCGCUCUCUACCUCUCUCCUCUCCCUCUCAGCCACCGUUCACGCCGCCGCCGCCGCCGCCACUGCCGCCGCCCAGAGCUUCCCCCUCUCCUUCACCGGCGCCUUUCCCAUGCUCCCCCCAAGCGCGGCCGCCGCCGCCGUGGCAGCAGCUACAGCCAUCACCCCGCCGUUGGCCGUAUCGGCCUCCGCCAGCCCCCAGCAGGCCGGCAGCGCGGGGAGCAGCAAGCCCUACCGGCCCUGGGGGACGGAGGUCGGAGCCUUUUAAGUGCCCCCUCUCCCUUCCCCAGCCUGCUCCCUCCUCUCCCUCCGCACACACACACAUGCACACGCGUGCGUGCACACGUGCACACUCGCGAGGCUCCUGCGGACCGCCUGUGGCGGCCUGUCCUCGCUGAGGGCCGAGGGGACGCCUUCGCCCCGGGGCAUGGCAGCCGGCCUGGGCGCAGCGGCGCUGCCCUCGCCGCAGGUGCCGGAGGGGACGCGGGGUGCCCUGCUCCUCCCGGCGAGUCUUGCCAAGGGCACCUCGAGGCAGCGGCUUUCGGAAACGUCGUGACCGCCUCAGCACGCGGACGUUUCCUGGGAGAUGCGUAGGCACUAGGACUAAGAAUAAUCCUCCAGCUAUGCAUCCGUGUUUGGCGGAGAGGCGAGGGAUCGUACCUAUCAGGUCUCCUGGGGCUCGAAAAAGAGUUCGACUUUCCUAAGUGCCUGACAUUUAAACGAUAAUAAAAAUAAAAUUUUAUAUAUAUAUAUAUGUGUGUUCUGCUAAAACAAAUAACAUUGCACAGGUAUGGGAAUGGUCUGGGAGAGAGGGGGAGUCCUGCGUGCAGCUUCAGGACGUUGAUAUCUUUCCAGAAAGGAGUGUGCUCUUUUAACAGGCAGGUUCGUUUAGCCAAAAGACUGCCGAGAAAGAAUGUUCAGUCUGACAGGCCUGGUUUUCGCUUACUUAGUCUCCUUCCUUUGUACAGACUUGCCAAAUUGUGACAUCUAGCAUAGCGUCGGUAAAAGCGAUUAUCUUAUCAGUGCUCGGAUUAAUGAACGUUUCAGCACUGCCUGUGAGCCUUGAGGCACCCUUUUUUAUGGCUUAAAUAUGGUGCUAGCUCGUAUCUGCACAAACAGCGAGUCUGUCAUGCACCCAGAAGUAACGACCUACAUACAGCGUGCACACUUCCAUAUGGCCGGCUCAUGUCAAUACAAGAGACUCGGUGUUGUGAGAGUCGAAAUUAACUUAUUUAGCUCCAAUGGGACGUUUACUUUCAGCCGACUCUGUGCAAGAUCUUUUCACUAUCAACUUCUGGGAUAACGAUCGCUCUGGGUAUGAAUGAAGUUACGGUAGGGACAAUUCUUAAAUUGGCUAUUAACAUGCCAACAUUGUAAUGUGGGUUUGAUUCCAAACCAAAAUGAAUGUAUUAAAGGGGAUGGCAGUAAAUUAUUUUGUCAAUACCCAGACAACUAGUGCUGCAUAAAAUGUUUUGCUUUCAUUUUUUAUUACAGUGACUUAAAAUAACCUAAGUAUUUUAAUACAUCGAGUCAAAAAACUAGAGAUUUUAUGUAAAAAAAAAAAAAGUAAAAAUAAAACACAGCAUGUAUUAUUAUGCACUUGAUUUCUCUGCUGUGUGGAGAAAGCAGUAAGCAUUGAGAAUGUUAAACAUUAUGCAAAAUAUACUUUAAAAUAUUUGUUUUAAAAAUACUGUACCUAGUCGGUCUUUUAUGCAUUACUUUGUUAACCUUUUUUCUAUGCAAAAGUCUUUACAUAUCACUAAUUAAACGAAGUCCUUUUUG